CAAAAUAUGUCUUAAGUCGUCUGAUUUAGUUUUUUUGUUUGAUCACCUUUUUACUGUUCGCUGUCCUUUUUCAUUAUUUCCUCUAUUUCUCGAAGGAGUCUUUGUUGGCAGUACAAUGUAUUCUGUCCAAGUGGACUAGCCGUAGAUGGUUAGCUGGUUGGCUACACAUCCAACAACAAAGACGAUUUAAUGUUGUUAUCAAAUCGCUUUAUUGCGUACAUUACGGCGCUGUUUGCUCUCUAACCCGACCAUUGUAUUCCAUAUAAUUGUUGAACAUCACUACUUCCUCUCGUUUCGGAUAAACUCGCCGUGCAGUUUGACGAGUUUCAAGCUAGCUUAGCUUGCUAGCUGGUUGCGAACAAAGAGACGCGGAAGGAAGCCAGCAAAACACAUCGAGGAACUUUCUCGAACAAAAACAACGUGCGAAAAUGUCAACCACUGGACGCUAGUUUCCAGAAGACGCAAGUAUUAUUACGCAGAGCAGUAUCAAGACUGAACUGUCAGAGGUAGCACGGUGCCACAGGGCAUGUACGCGCCUGGACUACAAAGUACAAAGUUUAACAUCGCACCGUCCAAACCCCAACAAUGGAGGACCUCGGUGGGAUCAGACCUGCAAAAAGUUCUAGUAAAAUCAACCUUCCCCCUGAGCCUGAGGAGCUGGAAACAUACCACAUUAAAGAGGAGGCAGAUGAACACAGCAUUAGUCAAGGGGGAGUGCAGUUUCCAGGAAUGGACUUCCCGGUGAUUCGUGUCAUUGUGAAGAGUGAAGACAAUGAAGACGAGCCUCUUUCCUCACAGCAUCAUCACAUUCAACGUGAGAAGAGAAGAUCCCAAGCAGACAGCCUAAUAAAACCACUAUCAGAUCAUGAUGACACGACAUCACACUCUCCUGAGACUGAUGAUGAACACGCUAAAAAAUACGAGGCGGAACUUUCUCUAACAAACGAGCGACAGCGUCAACUUCCGAACGGACGCAUUUUCCCAGAAGCCUCAAGUUGUGUUCCACAGAGCAGACGGAGCUGGCUUACCCCUCUUGGUACUCGUACCACACUUUGAGAAUCAAUGCAAACAAUGGAGGAGGGUGGCGGCAUCAGGAUCUGCUCCAUAGAGCUCCCCUGCGUUAAAGAGGAAGAGGAGCAGCACUGCAUCAGU